CGGCCCCGAGGCGGAGCGGACUCGGACCCCGCAGCCACCUCCCGCAGCCGGCCCCGGAACAGCGGCGGACUCGGAUCCACAGCCGACGCCACAGCCAGCCCCACACCGGCCCCGGUCCCGGCCCCACACUCUGCUCCACAGCGGACCCAGCCCCAGAGCGGACCCCGUCCGGCCCCGCCAUGGAGCUUGAGGAGGAGGAAUUGGAUGUGUUGGAUCCAGAGAGGUUAAUCCAGUGCCCGUUGGUUAAACACCAUUGGAUCAGAGCACGCCGAUUUCCUUAUCACCUGGUGAAGUGUAAGGAGAGCAACCCUGAAAUUGCAAAGAAAUUGGCCACAUGCCCCUUCAAUGCUCGUCACCUGGUUCCUCAGGCCAACCUCAGUGACCACAUCAUAAAGUGCAACGACAAAGCCUUCAUGGAGCAAGAUGUGGUGAGCCGGUCGUGUAAGCCCCCACAGGAGCAGCUGAAUAAUGGGAGCACAUGGCAGGCACCUCCAUGUGAUGAAGACUGGGAAACAGAGUUGCUGGAGGGAUCUGAGUCUACUUUUGUGUGGGGUGUGAUCAACUCUACCAUAAACAGCACCAUCAGUGACCAGAACAACUCCUUGCCCUCACGGAUGCGGCCCCCUGACACCCUCCCGUACACCGUGUCUGCAGGGCUAAUUCGGAGUAUUAGCUCCUCCCCCUGGAGCUUGGUUUUGCCCCAGCAGUAAGUGUCUCCCUGACUUGGACAGGAGAGCUCCUGAAGAUGACAGACAUGAUCUGGACCUGAUGGCAGGACUCUCUACACUUGGCUUUUGUUUUAUAAUGCGUUUCUUGGAAUGUUUGAAUAUGUGGAACUGUCCUUGGUUGCCAGAUGUUUCCCCCAAGCAUUAGUUUUCAAAAUUACCCUCACCUUUACUUGAUUAAUUUUGUUACUGUUCUGGAAAAAUUAGAUUUACACAGACUCAAAAACCUUCCAUGCCCAGCCAUGGGUCAUGGUAACUCUCUGUGAACAGCAAAAACAACAGAAUUGCUCCAGAGAUUGGGAAACAGUAGGAGACCUUCAGAAGGAUUUUAAGGAGUAGGGGCUGAGGAAGUGAUUUUAAGCUGGGGAGGUAGGAUCUGAUUAGGUUCCUAAUUAGUGAAGUGAUAGUGGGAAACAGAACAGUUUGUGGGGCUGAAAAUACCCCCCAGAAUCUUGUCUCUUCCCUUGAAACUUUAAAAUGUGUGUGUACAUGGAGGAGCCCCUUGGGAGUUGGUUGCUCAUGGUCAGCACUAACUGCAAACAGAGGGAUGCAGGAACAGGGAGGGGGAAUGUCCUGCAGGAAUGGCAGAUUUGGGAGAAUUCAGGCCUGGCAUAGCAGAAACUGUUACAGCCCCAUUUCAGUGCAAUUCAGGAACCAUCCAACAGUAACUGCCAGGAAUUUCUACCCUGUGCCUUAAGCAUCUUGCUGUUCUCAGGAAGCCUAGAGGGAUUAUGUCGAACUUCUGCUGGACAUUUGGGAGAAGUUUUGGCUGUUUGCUGGGGAGCUGCAGCAAACUCCCUGCAACUGAGACUCCAGGAGUUGUGUUUGAGGGCCUAUUACAGCCUGGAGAGCACAAAGUGCUGAGAGUUUCUCCAGUCUGUGAGGAGGCUGAGAUUAAAAUCAUCCAGAGCAGCCAAACUUAGAAGUAUUUUUUCUGUGUGUACACUUGUUGUUUUUAUCUUGUUGGAGUCUGAGUUUGUCCUCAGGGUAUGGCACGUGUUCAGGUUGGGUUUUAAACAGUGUUCUCAUUUGCAAAGACUGCUUUGAGAGCAUCCUGACCUCUUUUGCAACCUCACACCUUCAGUCUUGCCUUUGUCAUCUUAGGCCUUACCUUUGUCUCCUGUGUGUGAGGGGCUUCCCCAGGCAGACCUUAACAGAGAAUCCUCUGCAAGUUCCUUGCAUCACACACAACUUCAAACAGGGGAAGUUUCAGGAGGACACUGAGGUGCUUUUCCAGUUUCCAUUAGAGUAUUGCAGUUUUCUAAAGCUUAAAACAUGUUUGAGAGCUCUCAGGUACCUGUUCUGUGUUGGGGGUGGGGAGUAGGAAUGGUUUAAAUCAGUAAAAUUGCAUGUUUAGGACUGAAGAUGUUCAGAUCAAGCAGUGUAUUUCUAAACAUGCAAAGUUCAAAAUGGGAUCUAAAUAUACAACCAUAAAGAAUUAAGAAGCCAAACAUGGUGUUUGACUAGAAAGAGAUUAAUGCCUUCAUCUUUUCCUCUAAAGACUGUAUUUCCACCAUCUGAAUACUACCACUAGAAAAUAAUAUAAGUUAACUGGAACAUGCAAAAUUAAGAUUCUUUUAAAAUUCUGUCAAUUUAUGUCAAGGUUCUUGUUGGCAAUUUAGAAUAAAAAUGUUUGAAAUGCC